AAGUACUUUCUUGGAAGGCCAUGGUGUGUGUCUGUAGGUUGCUCGACCUUUCGCCUCUGCUCGCCACUUGGCUGCCCACGCUCGCUCUGUUUGAGUCCUGCACCAGCGUCUGACGGUCGAUCUGAUUGGGUAGAGCCUGGGCGGUGCGUCUGCUGGCGGGUGUCUGCGGCCGUCCUCUCUCCAUCCUGUGGCCUCUUUGGCGGCCCUGUCGACAGCUUCGUUUCCUGGGAUGCCGGUGUGGGCUGGGAUCCACCUUAUUGUCACUGGCCGGUCCAUGUCCUGGAGUGUCUUGACCUGUUCUGCAAUGUCUGCGAGAAUAUAUGCUCCUGAUCGGCCUUCAGCCUUAGCUACUGACCAUAUGGCCGCCUGGUUGUCUGUGUAGAUGGCUACCUUCCGCCUCUCACCUCCUCGCUCUGCGUACUCUUGUGCUAUUUGCAACUGUCGAGUCCGUGUCUGGCCCCAUGUGUACUGUGCGGGUCUGCUGUGUGAGUGGGCAUACUGCUGCAGCCCCAAUCUCGCCAUCUAUGCCGCUGCCGUCAGUGUAGAUGCUAAGGCUCUGGUCCUUCUCAUGUUCUCUGUCGUGUCGACUACGUGCUUUGUCGGCGCUCUUGUCUAUGUGGGUCUUUGGGCCGUGUCGCCAAGGCGGAGUGAUGAAGGCUUAAGGUUUGAAAUGUAUGCCAUGUGCUUGCUCGAGAGAAGCCGAAUGAUAACGUCGGCGUUGUGCUUCCAUAUCUGCUGCUCAAUUGGCAGGAGGUGUGCUUCGACGUCGAGUGCUGCUUUGGACGUGGCUUUAUAUGCUCCGCAUAUGGCUCUUGCUGCUCUUGCCUGUAUGCUUUGCAGGAUGUUGAGUGUCUUCUUCGUGUAUAUUUUGCCCUUGACACUGGCAUUCGACCAGAUGGAGCAGGCAUACAUCAUCUGUGGCAGCGCUGUGGCCUCGUACAGUCUCCGCAUGUCUGCAAGCGUGAUGCCCCACGUCGAGCCUCCGAGGCAGCUGAGCGCGCUGACCGUCUUUGUCGCCUUGCGUCU